AUGGUGCGCACCUCAUUAAAUUGUAUUGCCAAUCAAUUCACUAGUUGCAUAUUUGCAAACGGGUCGUCACCAUUCUUUGAUGAAAAGGAUAAGAUCACCAUUUCUGGAUUUUCUUCGGGUGGCGCUUUCGCCGUCCAAUUUCACAUGGCCUUUUCAUCAAUUAUUAAAGGUGCUGCCAUCAUUGCUGCUGGUCCUUAUUAUUGCGGACAAGGAAGUGCAGAUAUAGCAAUUGCACAAUGUAUUAAAAAUGCUUCAUUAAUUUCAAUUCCAAAAUUAUUAAAUUAUACUGAACAUGCUGAACGUACCUUUGCAAUUGAUUCAACUGACAAUCUGGCUCGUCAAAGAGUAUACCUAUUCUCUGGUAAAUACGACUCUACUAUUCGACCAGGUACCGUUCAUAAAUUAGAGGAAUACUAUUCAAAUUUUGUACCAUUUUGGUCAAUCAAGAGUGUCUACAACGUACAAGCCGAACACGCCAUUGUAACUAAAACCUAUGGUAACAAUUGUACUUAUUUCGGGUGGCCAUGGAUCAAUCAAUGUGGUUAUGAUACUACUUUUAAUUUAUUAUCACAUUUGUAUGGUUUCUUAUUCCCUGCUUCAAAUACUCCUUCUUUAGCUUCAAAUAUUGUUGAAUUUAAUCAAACUGCAUUCCUACCAAUUAAUACUACAAAUGAAUUCGCUGGAUUGGAUCAAAGUGCAUUUGCAUAUGUUCCACAAUCAUGUAGAUUAUUCAAAAACAAAGGAAGAUGUUCAUUACAUGUAGUAUUUCAUGGAUGCACUCAAUCAGUAUCAUAUAUUAAUAGUACAUAUUAUAUGAAUAUUGGAUACAAUCAAGUUGCCGACAACAAUAACUUGAUUAUUCUUUAUCCACAAGCUCUUGGAAACGAUUUGAAUCCGGAUGGAUGUUGGGAUUGGUGGGGAUACACAGGACCAGAUUAUGCAACUCAAUAUGGAUUACAAAUGAUCACAAUCAAAAAAUUGGUUUCAUAUGUUCUAUCUGAAUAUAUCACACCAUUAAAAAAGUUAAGAUAUACUUUGUUUAUAUGUUUUAUAGUUGUACAAAUGCAAGAACCACCUAAUGAUAUUCUAUGUGGUAUCUGUCAAUCAGAUAAAGAGAUAGUUUUUUGUUCAGAGUGUAGAAUAUAUAUUUGUACAAAGGAAUUCGAUGAAUCAUGUUCAUUUCAUAGUCACAGACAAGUCAAUGCAAAUGAAAUAUAUCAUAUCAUUAGAGACUAUUCAAGUGGGUUGAAUAAAAAUGAUGAAUCAGUCAAUCAAAUCAAGCAGGAUGAUAACAAGCUUAUACAAUCGGAAUACAAUGAUCAACAACAGAAAUGGAUAAUGAAGGCCAUAGACGUGCGCGGGUACUAUCCAUAUGAUCUUCCAAUGGCCUCUUUUAUUGGACCGACUGGAGGUGGUGGCGAUGUAGAUGUAGGCUAUAGUGUAUUUUUAGACUCUGAAGGGAGUGGUGGAACAUUGAACCAUCAAUUGUUUUCAAAUCCAAGUAACUCGGGUCAACUUGCUAAAAGAUCAAAAGUUAUACAAGAAAUAUAUCCAGUUUUGCUUCAUAUUAUCAGUCAUAUUGUUGUUUAUGUUUUUAACAACAAAAGAGAGCAAUCAACCAUCGUGUCAGCACUAUCACAAAUGGUCAGUCACAUUGAAUCAAAAGCAAUCAACAGUCCAUACAAACCCCAUCUAUUAAUCAUUUUCAACAAACAAGACACUGCUUCAAUGAUUGGAAAAGAUGAUGAUUAUUUCAAAAGCUCGGAAUUCAUCAACUCGGGUGUGGAGACCACGAGAAUCAAAUCAUAUUUCAAGAGUUGUAGAUCAAUAUCACUUCCAAAUGCUACAAUAGAUCCUAUUUUAUUUUUGGAUCAAUUAAAAUCAAUCUUGGAGCACUUGAAUAUUUCAUCUCAGGAUAAAAAAGCUGCAGUAAGUGGUACUGACACUCUUUUUAGUAGUGCUAUUUCCCAAUUGAAUCAGGUAGGUACUUUCAACCAUGACAAAUUUUACAGAUUUGACGGUAAUCCUCUCUAUUAUUAUUUCAAAAAUAGAUUGGAAUACCUUUCACAGGAAUCACCAUCAUUGGAAUCAUCAAAUCUUGAAAAAUAUAAAAUGGUGAUUGAUCAUAUGAAAAUGAAGCUGACGACAAUACCACAAGAUAUGUCUCAACUGCAACGUUUUGCUAAUUUGGAUUGGCAAAUACUCAAUAGUAUUAAAUGUCAAUCAAAACACCUAUACGAAUGUGAUCUUGGAUUCACAUCACAUCAAGAAUAUCAUCGAUCAUCAGAGACUAAAAAGCAAAUGGUUGAUGAUCUAACCAAAAAAUAUUUUGAUCAAAUAUUUGGAGAUGAACUUUUUAGCUCGGCAGAAUUGGAAGAGCCGAUUGAAUGGAGAGGCGAAUUUCAAUUUCCAGAAGGAAUGACAUUUGAUGGAUUAUCACUUUUCACUCAUCAUUUCGACCAACUUCAAUACAACCCAGAAGAAUCAAAUAUCAUUUUACAAUAG